AUGGCAACACAAAAUGACCAACUGGAUUGUUGGGAUAUCAUUGAUGACAGCCAUAUUCCGGAGUUUGAAAUGGCUCAGUGGAUCAAGAUCACCCUCGCACUGCUCUACGUCGUCAUCUUUGUGGCAGGCAUCUUGGGCAACAGCAUCACCAUCCACACCACCAGAGUGCUACAGAAGAAAGGUUACCUGCAAAAGGAAGUUACAGACCACAUGGUCAGUCUGGCCUGUUCAGAUCUGCUGGUCAUCUUGCUGGGAAUGCCUGUGGAAUUCUUCAGCAUGAUAUGGAGGCCGUUUUCUACUCCUCAAGGUGAUCUAGCUUGUAAGCUGUACUGCUUCAUUUUUGAGGCCUGCAGCUAUGCUACAGUGCUGCAUGUGGCGACUCUAAGCUUUGAAAGAUACAUUGCCAUUUGCCACCCUUUCAAGUUCAAAGCUACAUCCAGAACCUGUAAAGUGAAAAUCCUUAUUGCCUUUGUCUGGAUUACAUCAGUCUUGGUAGCCCUUCCUCUCCUCUUUUCCAUGGGCACUGAAUACCCCUUAGAAGGCAUCCAGGGACAUCGUGGGUUGGUUGCCUGCAGUAAACCCCAAGGGAGGUACCACAUGCCUGUUCUGAAGUUAAAUGUGACUAUCUGCACCAGUUUAUCCUCCAAAUGGAAAUUCUUCCAGACUGGUAUCUUCACUGCCUUGAUUGUGUACAUUCUGGUGUUGGCGUCUGUAGCUUUUAUGUGCCGGAAAAUGAUGAAAACCCUGAUGCUCCCCAAACAAGGCACCUUAGUGGUAAAAGCAGAGCGGGAGAGCCAACACCAGUACCUAAGGAAAACUGAAAAUCCAGACAGCAGAAGUUCCAGGAAACAGACUAUCCUCUUUCUAGGCUUGAUUGUUGCAACUCUAGCAAUAUGCUGGCUGCCAAAUCAAGUUCGAAGGAUCAUGGCUGCUGCUAGACCUAAGCAGGACUGGACUGUCUCCUACUUCAGAGUGUAUAUCACCCUCCUCCCCAUAGCUGAUGUCUUCUUCUAUCUCAGCUCGGUAGUGAACCCACUCCUGUACAAUAUCUCCUCCCAGCAGUUCCGGAAUGUCUUUGUUCAGGUCCUCCGUUGUCGUCUGACAUUAGAACAUGCCAACAAACAGAAGCUUUUAAGAGCCAAUCUGAAUUCUGUAGCUGGCAGCAGCCGCUCCCACCGCCCGUUGAUCUUCAUGUCAUCUAGGCGCAAGUCUUCUACCAAUACCGGUAACAAGGUUUCCUUAAGUACUUUUCAGAGUGAGACCAAGCCUGACUGCAGUUCGCAAAAACUGAAUCUUGAAUCGUUGGAGCUGAAUGUGAAAGUGAUGUCACUGGAGGCCAGCAGAGACCCCAGUCCUACCAACCAGAAUGGCCUUUGUGAACUUGAACUGUGAAUCCAUAUAAA